UUCUUUAAGCGCUCGGUUCGGCCGUGCUGGGCCUAAAGUUGUCUCCAUGGACACAAAGCUGGAUCUGUUCUUAAAGCAAUCCGGUGGAGUCGGCACCAUGAACGACCAUUCUUGUCUGCGCCAACCCUAACUGGUUUGAAGAAUAAGAGAGAUGAACGACACCUUAGAUGCUGCUCGUGAUUUGAGCCUUACAAGCUGAAGUGGAUCAGAAUUACGUAGGGGCUGGACGUUGUGGGUCCCAAUUACGACGAAGCCGUUCGUGCGUGGAGGCAAAGGUGGCGUAGACAACCGUGUGCAUCUAGGAGCGUUCGUACGAGUUGAGAUUCUCCGAGACGCGUGUUCUGUGGAGGGCUGUAUGGUCCUUAGAGACGGAUUGCUGUUGCUCAUCCUUAAAAUAGAGCGAGUUGCAGUGAAUGCUGAACACGGAGUCGAGAGAGCAUGCAAGUUUUGCAUCGCAGAGAGUAAUACAUUUCCUUGAUCUUCGCCAUGUCAUCAUAAUCGGCGAGUCGCGAGGGUAGGAUCGGUCUACUGUAGUUACACCUCAAACAACGCAAAUCAUCGGUCCCGUUGGCGUCAUGGUGAGGGGGGCGGGGCCGGACAGCCUCAACAUCGGUGGCAGGACAAGGAGCGCACGGAUUCCGCGCCGCGGUCAAAGGGCCAAAGCCCCAUAAAAACCGGAGCCUCCGUUGGGGUGCAAGGCGUGUUUGGGCAAAUUUGUUGGCGUGGUCUCUCCCCUUGGCCCGAACGCCGGAAAGGGGAGGAAGAGGAAGAGGAAGAGGAGGAGGAGGGGAAAGAGGAGAAGCAACGAGGUCAUUCCCUUUCUCCUUCUCUCCAUUGCUUCCGUCCGUCCAUCCCUCGUUCAUAUCAGGUUUCCAAAAAUGCACAUGAUGGCGCUCUCGCAUCCGCCACCGCAGCCGAUGCACCCAGCUCAUGCAACGGCCGAUGACAGCAACCGGCCCCCCACGUCGGCCCCGUUGACGGCGGUGGCCGUCGACAAGGACAAGAGCAGCCAGCAGGCGGUGAAAUGGGCCGUCGACCAUCUCCCCGUCAGCAACCACGCCAUCAUUCUCAUUCACGUCAAGUGCAAGAACGUCCAGCACCGUAGAUGGAUUUGCUAUGAGCGAAACCACCUCCGAGGCAAACCGAGAGCAGAUGGAAGCUGAUGUGCAACAACUGUUUAUUCCCUUCAAGGGAUUUUGUGCUCGCAAAGGGGUGCAGAUGAGGGAGGUGGUCUUGGAAGAUGUCGAUGUCUCAAAGGCAAUCAUUGACUAUAUCACUGCGAACCACAUCCACAAUAUUGUUGUUGGUAACUCCAAUAGAAAUGCGAUCACCAAAAAAUUCAGGAAUCCUGAUGUGCCCACUAACUUAAUUAAAUCAGUGCCAGAGUUUUGUUCCGUGUACGUCAUAUCCAAAGGGAAGCCAGUAACAGUCAGAUCAGCAAAAGCAAAUCCUGCACCCUCACAUCUUAGGCAACCAUCAAACCCGGGUAGUUUGCAUUACCAUCCUGACCAUGAUGAUGCUGUCAAAACACCAUUCACGAGGGCGAGUUAUAGAGGGUCACUUCCACCACCAGGCCCAUCAGCUGUGCCAGAGAGAAGGUCUUUUGAGAAGAACACUGAUUUUAUGAGAGCACCUGCAUGGCCCCUCUCCGGGGCCAGGACGGCACCUGUGCACACAUUGCUUGAGUUCACUGAGCCCUCUCACCGCCCGCCAAGGCCCUCCAGCAGCUCCCGCGAGUCCUGGGCAGAAGAUAUGGAUUUCCAUGGAAGCGUGGCUUCCCAAUCCAUGGACUUUAGUGACUCUAUAGAUCUCUCUUCUAACUUGUCUGAUAGCCCCAGAGGACCCUACUCUCCUAACUCAAGUCGAGACUUGGAGGCUGAAAUGAGAAGGCUGAGGCUUGAGCUGAAGCAGACCAUGGACAUGUACAGCAAUGCCUGCAAAGAAGCAAUCUCAGCUAAACAGAAGGCCAAAGAGCUUCACCAAUGGAAGAUGGAAGAGGUCCGAAAGUUUGAGGAAGCAAGGCAUGCAGAAGAGGCGGCCCUUGCGCUUGCCGAAAUGGAGAAAGCGAAGGCCAAAGCGGCCCUCGAAGCAGCUGAGGCAGCACAGAGGAUUGCGAAGCUGGAGGCACAGAAGAGGCUGAAUGCAGAGAUGAAGGCCAAACACGAAGCGGAGGAGAAGAUGAAGGUGCUGGAUGCUCUGGCCCAAAAUGACGUCCGUUACAGGAAGUACAGUAUUGAAGAAAUCGAGAUUGCCACUGAUUACUUCUCGGAGAACCUGAAGAUUGGUGAAGGUGGAUAUGGUCCCGUCUACAGAGCCUCUCUGGAUCAUACCCCGGUUGCUAUAAAGGUUUUAAGACCAGAUGCGGCCCAGGGAAGGAGACAAUUCCAGCAAGAGGUUGAGGUGCUGAGCUGCAUCAGGCAUCCCAACAUGGUGCUGCUCCUGGGUGCGUGCCCCGAAUACGGCUGCCUGGUCUACGAGUACAUGGACAGCGGGAGCUUGGAGGACCGGCUAUUCCGGCGAGGCAGCACUCCUCCCAUCCCAUGGAGCGUGCGGUUCAAGAUCGCCGCGGAGAUAGCAACCGGGCUGCUCUUCCUGCACCAGACCAAGCCGGAGCCCCUCGUUCACCGCGACCUCAAGCCCGCCAACAUCCUUCUAGACCGCAACUACGUGAGCAAGAUCAGCGACGUCGGCCUCGCGAGGCUCGUCCCCCCGUCCGUGGCUGACAGCGUGACCCAGUACCGGAUGACGUCCACCGCCGGCACCUUCUGCUACAUCGACCCGGAGUACCAGCAGACCGGGAUGCUCGGGAUCAAGUCCGACAUAUACUCGCUCGGCGUCAUGCUCCUCCAGAUCAUCACCGCAAAGCCUCCCAUGGGCCUCAGCCACCAUGUCGACAAGUCCAUCGAGAGGGGAACCUUCCAGGAGAUGCUCGACCCCACCGUCCCGGACUGGCCCGUCGAGGAGGCCCUCGGCUUCGCCAAGCUUGCGCUCAAGUGCGUGGAGCUCAGGAGGAAGGACCGCCCUGAUCUCGGCACCGUCAUCUUGCCCGAGCUCAACCGGCUCAGGAACCUCGGACAUGCUUACGAAGCAGCCAGUCAUGGCUCUGCCAGUUUCGCCGGCGGCAGCGCCAGUCUCUGCAAUUACACCACUCCGCAAGCCCAAGCACGAUCGACGAUCGAUCAGGAGAAGGUUGCGACUGCUUCAGGCGUGGGCACGCCAUGGAGGUCGAUGAUGGACACGCUGGAGAGCUGACGCGAUGGGAUGCCGGAUGAGCCGAGAAAAAAAAUAUGGAUGAGGAGGCUGAAGCACAAGGAACGAGGAAUUAAGAUUGGGUUGUAGCAAUGCGAUGGAUGAUGUUUCGGUGAGAUGUGGGGAUCAAUGUGUCGUAGAAUUUAAUAUAUUGCAUGCUGUUGUUUUUGUUUCCUCGACUUACGUUGAAGGAAAUGAAAAUGUUGCAUUGUGACAGCCUCGAGACUGAGAACGAUUAUAUAUGCACAAGCCAUCCAUUCUUGUUUCUAGAUGGAAUUAGUAGAAAAGUUGUUGGUAAA